AUGGAUAUCAAAAGUAAAGGAAGUCAAAAAAGCAGGAAAGAACUUGGAGACGAAUUAAGUUUGAAAGGGUUAUCCCUAUUUAAAUUAGAUGUCAAUUAUGACUAUUUGAAAUAAUUUUUGGAAGGAGUUUAAGGAGAUCUCGAAAACCAUACUGUUGAGAUUGAAGCUAUUAAGAAGUUAGUGGGACCUAGUGAAAUUUUACUAUUAAUUCAAGAAUAGUUUCAAUUAUUAAGCGAAUCAUUAUUGUUUACAGAUAAGGAUAUUGAAAAGGAUUUAUCGAGUUCUUUGCAUACCUAUAUAACUUAGAUUUAAGGAAAGUAGAAAUUUGGUAAAGGAGCUUUGGAGAAGAUAAUCACUGAAUUAAGAGGCAAGCUAUUUUCGGUGGUUUCGAUGAUUCAACAUUUGCACAGAGAAAAAAUAAGAUAAGAUUAGCGUAUUACGAAAUUGGAAAAUGAUAUGCUUACUAAAUAUGAUACUAAGGAUUGCAAGGAAAAAAUGAGAAAACAAAAGAACUAAUUGGAAUCAUAAAUAGAUGAACUACAAAAGAGUGGUAGAAAUGAAUUAGAUACAGUUGAGAAAAAGAUAUCAACUGACAUUUAAAAAUUUGAGGAAGCUGUUAGAGAUGUAGAAAGAAAAACUCUUUGGAAAAUUCAUGAUUGUCAAGAUCUAUUGUCGAAGAGAACUAACGAGGAAUUUGUUAAUGAAGCAAUUAGAGCUAGCGAGGAUAAACUUUUAAAAGAAAUUCAAUAAACAUAAAAUAAUGAAUAAUUAAUUAAAUUUCAAUAAGACGUUGCUUUUAUAAGAAGUUAAAUUAAAGGAUUAGAUGAUUUAGUAGGAGAGAAAUAGUAAAAGUUGAAAUUAUAAUUUAAUGAAAUGAAUGAAUUAUUAAAAUAUAAAAUAAAUCUGAUUGACAAGUUAGUUGAAUCAAAUAAAUAGCAAAGUAAUAAAAUUAUAGAUUUGAAUAGCAGAUUAGCAACUGCCAUAAAUAAAUUAGAUGUCUCUAAUUAGUUAGAUUAACAUAGACAAAAAAUCAAAUAAUUGGAAGAUUAAGUUUAAAAAUUGAAUGAUGAAGCAAAAGAAAGAGUUGAAGCAUUAAAAGAUAUGAACAUUAAUGCUGAAAAUGUAGCAUUUCUUUUAUCUAAAAUUGAUCCUCAUAAAAUAUGUACUCUUGAAGGGGACAUUAAAAAAUUAGAAUAAAUGUCAAUUAGAAACAAUGUGCAUUGGGAAACAUUGGAUGCUGAGUUUAAAUCAAGAUAUGAUAGUUUUUAAUUCUUCUCAUAAUUAUAUUAAUAGCAAUAGUAAUAGUAAGUGUAAAAUACAUCAGAAGAACAAAAGUUUGUAACCAAAGAUGAGAUAAAUAGAAUGUUUGAGUAAUUCCAUCAAUAAGGAAAUAUUGAAGACGAUAAAAUCAAAAAGAUUCAAAAGGAUUUGUAAGAUAUUGCUCAUAAAGUUGAAAAUGCAAAUGAAAUUGAAAGAAGAGUCACUAGAAUCUUUAGAGAUCUUGACAUAAAUAAUCUAAUUAAAUAAGUAAAAAAUAAAGUCAAUGAAGAUGAUAUGAAAAGAGAACUACAUAAUUUAGAAACUAGGUUGGGAUAGGCAAUAGACACAAUUAAUUAUUUGCGAAGAGAAAUCGAUUCAUUAUAAGGUAUUCACAAUAAAUAGUUUGAAGUCUAAAUCAAGAAAACACCUAUGAAUAUGUAAUAAUCCGCUUCUCCACCAACAGAUUAAAUUAUUGGAGUUGGAACCAAAAGGCUCUAUCCUAUAAACUGUCUAAGUUGCAGUACAACCAAUUAAUAAAAAGUGAAAGGAACAGAUGGAAAAUAUUAUUAAGCCGAUACGAAAAGAUAAACUAUGGAACAAUAUUAAUAAUUUUAAGAUAUUUAAGAUGAUUCUCAAUAAUUCCCUUAAUCACGUUAUUCCUCAAGACCAUAAUCUGCAGUUGGUAACAAAUCUCAUAAUGGAACUAAGAGACCAAUAAGUGCUAAGAAAUGA